UAGGCUCGCACUAGGACCCAGGCGCCAGAGCGCCUCCGUCUGUCCUGUAGGUUCAUUCAAUCUCUCAUACACACAGACCCACAGCGAGACCGACACACACUCCCAUACACUCACACACACAACUGCAGGCAGCGAGGCUCGGGAAGUCAGGCCGGCUCCUCGCCCCGGCGCCUUCUCCGCUCCAGCCGGCCGGGUCUCCCUGGGGGCCCGGAGCUCGGCCGGGCCGCGCAGCCCCGUUAGAGGAGGAGCUCGGCGGACCCCCGUUCCUCCAUGGGCAAACGCGGGCGGCCGCGCAAGGAGGCGCGCUGCGAGGGCGCGGGGCUGGCCCCCGCCGCGCCCCCGGCUGUGCCCCCCGCCGUGGCCGCGCCCCAGACCCCGGCUCUGCCCGAGGAGCCCGCCGGGGCCAAGCCCAGGUGCCCCUUCUCGGACAUUUUCAACACCAGCGAGAACUCGAUGGAGAAGCACAUCAACACUUUUCUGCAGAACGUGCAGAUUCUGCUCGAGGCCGCCAGCUACCUGGAGCAGAUCGAGAAAGAAAACAAAAAGUGUGAACAUGGCUACGCGUCUUCAUUUGCCUCCAUGCCGAGCCCCCGACUGCAGCAUUCAAAGCCCCCACGGAGGUUGAGCCGGGCACAGAAACACAGCAGCGGGAGCAGCAACACCAGCACUGCCAACAGAUCUACUCACAAUGAGCUGGAAAAGAAUCGACGAGCUCAUCUGCGCCUUUGUUUAGAACGCUUAAAAGUUCUGAUUCCACUAGGACCAGACUGCACCAGGCACACAACACUUGGUUUGCUCAACAAAGCCAAAGCACACAUCAAGAAACUUGAAGAAGCUGAAAGGAAGAGCCAGCACCAGCUCGAGAACUUGGAACGAGAACAGAGAUUUUUAAAGCGGCGACUGGAACAGCUGCAGGGUCCUCAGGAGAUGGAACGAAUACGAAUGGACAGCAUUGGAUCAACUAUUUCUUCAGAUCGUUCUGAUUCAGAGCGAGAGGAGAUUGAAGUGGAUGUUGAAAGCACAGAGUUCUCCCAUGGAGAAGUGGACAAUAUAAGUACCACCAGCAUCAGUGACAUUGAUGACCACAGCAGCCUGCAGAGUAUUGGGAGUGACGAGGGUUACUCCAGUGCCAGUGUCAAACUUUCAUUCACUUCAUAGAACCCAGCAUGACAUAACAGUGCAGGGCAAAAUAUUCACUGGGCCAAUUCAGUACAAACAAUCUCUUAAAUUGGGUUCAUGAUGCAGUCUCCUCUUUAAACAAAACUAUACUUGAACAAAAGGGUCAAAGGACCUGUAUUUAAGCAAAUACUUAGCAAAAAGUGGGGCAGAGCCUCCCAAGGAGAACAAAUAUUCAGAAUAAUCAUAUUGGAAAAAUCACAAUUUCUAAUGGCAGCAGAAAACUUGUGUGAAAUUUUGAUUUGAUUGAGUUGACUGAAAAGAGGAAAUUGGAGAUGCCAUCCUUUUUCUCUUUUCUAGUUUGCUCAUACUACAUUGAGUAGACACACUUAAGGAUGGGAUUAGGAACCCUUCCUGUGAGCUCUAUGGUCCUAAAAGCAAAAUAAGAACUAAUUGAAUGAAAAGACAAGAAAAUCAGGCAUUAAUCUUGGAUAGCUAAAGAGCUAUUAAAACAGCCUGGCACAAUUAUCACGAAGCCUGUGGAUGAUCAAUUAUUUUUUUUAAAAAAGCUCAUUUCGUGCUCUGCAAAAGGAGAGACUCCCAUGAAGCCUUUUGAAAGGGAUCAUCAUGCAGCUCAGCUUUCUGUUGGAUUCCAUGCUAAGCAAGCUACCCUUAUCCUGCAUUGUUAGCACUAGAGCACCCAACUGCCAGCUCUCCAUCCUGCUGCCCUUAGGCCACAUGGGAGCAGUCCAUGCAUGACAGCCUCUAUCAUACAAGGCCUAUGAGUAUGGAUUGAGGGGGCCAGAAGGAAAAAGCUCCACGUGCCUCUGUGUCUGCGUGGGUCAGAAGAGUUGUGCACGCAGAUUAGCAGGCCAAGGUCUGAGCCACAGCAUUUUUAUUUCAGAUUUUGAUAACUGUUUAUAUGUGUUGAAAACCAAAAUGACAUCUUUUUAAAGCUUAUCCAUUAAAAAAACAUAGGUGUCUUUUAUAGUGAAAAAACACAUGGGGAAAAAUCAUCUAUUUUGAUGCAGCAUUUGAUAAUGAUAAAACACCUCACAAUUCACUCUUUAUAGUGCACAAAAUGAAUGAGGCCUGGGCUAGGUAGAAAAAAGGUCAAUGCUGUUUUUGUUUUCUUUUAAAAUCAUUACCUUUUACCAGCUUUUAACCAUCUGAUAUCUAUAGUAGACACACUAUCAUAGUUAACAUAGUUAAGUUCAGCACUUGUCUCAUUUUAAUGUAAAGAUUUGUUGCUUCCAUUGUCCUACAGGCGUGUCUCUCUUCCUCACAGUCCCACUGUGCAGGUGCUAUUGUUAUUCUUACAAAUAUUUUCAGUAAUGUUAUUUUCUUCUAAGUGAAAUUUCUAGCCUGCACUUUGAUGUCAUGUGUUCCCUUUGUCUUUCAAACUCCAAGGUUUCCCUGUGGCCCUCUCCCUUACCCUGGGAAGGCUUCUUGGAGACCUUAUCCCUGGCUGUUUGGACUUUGUAUACUUUAAAUAAUUUAACUACCCUUAAUUACUUAAAAAAAAAAAAAAAAAAAAGCUUUAUGAUUUUCAUAACUUAUUGCUGAUUUUAAUGGAUUGUUAAUUUCAGUCCUGUAGUUUAUUUUAUGUUUAGAUAGGGCUGGGCAAAGAAAAAGAAAAUAAAGACAACCAUAUUUAGCAGUGCA